UUUUACAGAAUAUUCAAAAUCUAACUAGGAUGUUGUUUAAUCCUCCAGUUGAUGAAUCUGUACUUUUAGGAAGAAGGUUAUCUAAAAUGCGAGGUGGACCUGCAAUGACUGUUCCGUUAAUUGGUCCUCCCGUUAAACCUUCGGUCGUGGAUGAUUUUCUUCGUCUAUAUCCAAAGAAAACUAUUGCUGAGUUGAAAUCUACACCUGAUGAUGGGCCAUUUAUUGUAUCUGGUGUUGUGGAUGGUUUGGUCAUUGGAGAAGAUUGGUGGUACCCGUCGUGUCGUUGUUCAAAACGUUUAAUAAUUAAUGCUGGAUAUUAUUACUGUAGAGGUUGUUCAAAGCAUGUGUUUGAAUUUGUCCCUAGGUUUCGCGUCAAAAUACAUGUUACCGAUGGCAUUGAUGAUGCCAUGUUUGUUCUUUCUGAUGAUGAUGUCCGUUACCUGACCCGUACCAAGUGUAGCAUUCAGCUUUCAUCAUCCAAGCAGGUUUUGGAAGGAAUUAAUCCACCUAGUGCUUUGAUGAAAAUUGAAGGUUUAAAAUUGUUGUUUAAGAUUGUCAUGGUGUCUUCUUUGAAUCCUAUAUACAAAGGUGCUUUCAAAGUUUCUAGGGUUUGUCUUGAUCCUGAUAUUUUCAAUGCUUUUUCUCUUAAGGGAACACGCCAUACUCCUGCAAAGGUUUAUAGGCCAGUAAUGAGCGAGGUUGUCUAUCCCUCGGGUUUGAAUGAAGAGAUCAAUCAACAUGGGGAAUAUUUAUCAAAGAAAAGAUUGGCUGGUUCAUUUGAUAAUACACUUGGGGAGGAAAUUGCAGAUCAUCACAAGCGAUCUAGAGAUUGUUGAGGAAAUUGCAGAUCAUCACAAGCGAUCUAGAGAUUGUUGAAUGUUGUUUGUAACUUUAUUUUUAUUUUAUGUAAUUUUAAUGAUGCUGAGAUGUAGGGUCUAAUGUGUUAAGUACUAAAUAAUUAUGAUUUUGUAAUGUGUCUGACAGAUGACGUAGUUGUUUGCUAUUAUAAAUCAUGUGUUAUAAUUGGUAUUUGU